AUGCGUGGUGGCACAAAUGAAAUCAUCUUCUCACACCGACACUUGCACUUGGAUGAAAUGGUAGGUAGAAGUGCGAUAAAACAGCGACCCAUACCUACGCGCGAAUCGACCAUUGAAGAUCUCGCACGUACACCCACGUCAUUACCGACGAGUAGCACUUCUGCGCUCUCAGCACCACUGGAUGUUCCUUCGCAGGCACUCUUAACAAGUGAUGGAAAUUGCGGAUUUAGCGAAAUUGAUAGCCUAAUUCAGAGGUACUUAGCAAGCACGCAAUAUAAAACGGCAUUGUUUUGGGCGGACAAACGAUUAGCACUGUGUCGGAAGAAUGGAUCCCAACCAUCAUUCGUUGAUAUGGCUCGGUUUAUCAAAGUUUUAGCAGCUGCUGGAGAAUGGACACGUUUGAUGGCUUACUGUGAUCGUCAUGAGCUUAUUAUGAAACACAUGUUCUUCGCUUAUUUUUAUGAUCGAUAUCAUGAUCUCGUUUUUUCCGUUAUGCCUCAUAUGGUUCAACUCUCCAAACCGAAGUCUUUCGUCCCAAGUUCUGAAGAAAUAACUGCGCUUGAUAAAAUAUCAGAAGAUUUGAAGAUAGAAGCAGGACUAUUGCUUUUGUUAGGAAAAGCUUAUUUGAUGACUCAGAAUCGUCGUGCAGCAUUCUCUUGUUUACAAGGAGCCGUUUAUAAAGAUGAUUCCUGUAUAGAAGCAUUUGAGCUUAUUCAAAAGUAUCGACUUUAUUCAAAACAGCGCUUUGAAGAAUUGAUUAAAAGGUCUGGAGAUAAAAGCAGCAUGGUUGUGGUUCUUCGGAACCAUUAUUUUUCUCAAGGAAAUGAAAAUCUGGAUUCUGAUGCCUCAGUAAAUGAAGCUUUGGUGACGGAUUUAUCAAUUCUUACUGCACGAGCUGCACAUUUAUACCAAAUUGGGGAUCUCACCGGAGCUUAUAAUAUCACGAAUGAAAUUUUAAAUGAGGCUGGCAUGUUUCAGGAUUGUUUGUUAAUUCAUAUCGCAACCUUGGUACAGUUGCGAAAAUUCGAAAGUCUCUUUAUAUUAGCGCAUAAGCUGGUCGAUAGUCAACCAGAUAAUGAAAUUAGCUGGUAUGCCGUUGGUUGCUAUUACUAUUCUAUUGGACAGCUGGGCGCAGCAAAAAAUUUUCUAAAUAAAUGUACGUCGAUGAACUGUGCGUUCGGUGAAGGUUGGUUAGCAUUUGGACAUGCGCUUACUGCAGAAUCAGAGCACGAACAAGCGAUGAAUUGCUAUUUGAGAGCAUCGCGAGUACUGGAAGGUAGCUUCGAACCUUUGCUGUACAUAGGACUGGAAUAUGCCUAUGCAAAUAAUACAAAAUUGGCGCAAGAUUUUUUGAAGGAUGCAGCUGAAAUAGCUGGUGAUAAUGCGCUUGUGUUACAUGAGCAAGGUUGCAUUUGCUACAUGGAAAAAGAAUGGAGAAAUGCUGAAACUUUUUUCACCAAAGCUCUGCUGUUAGCAUACAACGAGACAAAUGAAAAUGCUUUAUGUGACUUGUUAAAUCGACCGUUGAGCGAAUUUUGGGAACCGCUGGUAAAUAAUCUGGGACAUGUAAAGUGCAAACUCGGAUCUUACGAAGAAGCCGUCAAGUUUCAUCAGAAAGCACUUCUAAUGUGUCCGGGGAAGCUAGGUCCAAGUGCCGGACUGGCAAUAGCAGCAGGCCGAGCUGGAGACAUUGAUCGAGCUGUUCACUAUUUUCAUAAAUCACUUAGUGUGGAUCCACAUAAUAAGGUGCUGGAGCAAGGACUUCAUCAUCUCAUGCAUUUUUUGGGGACACAUGUCAACUUCUUAGCAUCGUGCAUUAGGACUCCAACUGUUAUGACUGGAUUAUUCGAAAAAUUCCUAGUGACGAAAGCUGAUCUAGAAGGGGACUCUGAUGAAAAGCAAGCUCAACAAAAAGCAUUGGAAACGCUGAAGAGGAAGCGUACGAAACGUGGAUCUCAGGAAGACUGUGGAAGGAAGAUGUUGGAUCAGCGACCAAAAAACUUCCCUGCACAUGUUAUUAUCCCAACGGAUGUUGAAAUGACUUAG